CCCGUGCUUUCCCCUACUUCCCGGCAUUUCUGUUUCCGCUUUCUGAAGGCUCUUUAGUUUUCCCACCUCUGCGAGACACUUCGCGCCCAGUGGUCCAGUGACGUCAUUUUUCUGCGCUGCGUGGACAACCACCGUUGGGAGAGGGAACUGCUUUGCCGCCCUUCGCUGCUUUCCUCGGGCUGCUGCUCAUCCGGAAUAAUGGCGCUGUCACUGUGGAAGGGGCUGGUAGGCAUUGGCCUCUUUGCCCUAGCACACGCGGCCUUUUCUGCUGCUCAGCAUCGUUCUUAUAUGCGAUUAAUGGAAAAGGAAGAUGAAUCACUGCCAAUAGAUAUAGUUCUUCAGGCACUUCUGGCCUUUGCGGUUACCUGUUAUGGUAUAGUUCAUAUUGCAGGAGAGUUUAAAGACAUGGAUGCCACUUCAGAACUAAAAAAUAAGACAUUUGACACAUUAAGGAAUCACCCAUCAUUUUAUGUAUUUAAUCAUCGUGGUAGAGUACUGUUUCGGCCUUCAGAUACAACAAAUUCUUCAAAUCAAGAUGCAUUGUCCUCUAACACAUCGUUGAAGUUACGAAAACUUGAAUCCCUGCGUCGUUAAGAUUUUUACAAACAGUACGGGACACAGAGUUGGAAUAUUGGAGUUUGGAGUAUAAAACACUCCCCCCAUAAGUAUUUAUAUUGAUCUUUUAGAUCUAACUAAAUCAAGUCUGUGGCCCUUGUUUGUACACUGUUAUCAAAUUAUUUUUUUUGGAGAAUUUCAAGAUUUAUUUAUUUUUUUAAUUGAAUUUAUUGGGGUGACAUUGGUUAAUAAAAUUAUAUGUUUCAGGUGUACAAUUUUAUAAUGUAUCAUCUGUAUAUUGUAUUGUGUGUUCACCACCCCAAGUCAAGUCUCUUUCCAUUACCAUUUAUACCCUUUUUACCCUCUUCUAUCUUCCCUCACCCCACUCACCCUCUGGUAAUCACCAUACUGUUGUCUGUGUCUUUGAGUUUUCUUUUUGUUUAAUCCUUUCACCUUUUUCACCUAGCCCUCCAACCCCCCUCCCCUCUGACAGCUUUCAAUUUGUUCUCUGUAUCUAUGAGUUUGUUUCUAUUUUGGUUCUUAGUUUAUUUUGUUCAUUAAAUGGCACAUAUAAGUGAAAUAAUAUGGUA